AUGGUUGACAGUCCUGAAAAGUUAUGUACCAUAUGUUUGCAUAAAUUUGUUGGAUUAAUCAAAUAUGAUGAAUCAUUAUGGAAGAAACAAAUCGAACGAUGCGUUGACCAAAUCUACCAAGAAGAGAAAAACCAAGCUUCAUUAAAUGAUCAACGCAAACGAAAAUACAAUCGAACAGAUGAGGAUCCAAUCGGUCAAACGAUAGAUUUCAAUGCCUAUGAGACACAACUUCAAUCUUAUAACCGUUCAUCAUAUCUCGAACAAUUUCUGCGCGGAAUUUGUCCUCUCAAUGCAAUUUUGUCUGAACGUCUUAGUAAUCAUUUAGUCAGAUAUAACCAAUUAAAUGAUUUCACAUUGACAUAUUUUUCUUCACAUGUUACAUAUCUCAAGCGUGUUACUCUUAAUGUAAAAUAUCUAAGUCGAUUACAAUGUCAUAUACUCAAUCAACAUUCAUAUUUAGUUGAACUGAAAAUUCUUUUUAAAGACUCCAAUGUUUACCGACCAAAUGUCUUGACAAGUGAAAUAUUUUAUCAAAAGAUUUGCCCAUCGAUAAACUCGAAAUUAGAAGAUAUCUACACAAUUUAUGGUCCAUUAAUUUUACAUCAUUUAUACAGUCAAUCUCAGUUAGAUUUAGCACGAAUAUCUUUAUCAAAUCGUUAUCUCUUUCAACGUUCACCGAGUUUAUCUGAGGGCUUUACACAUCAGAAAUUAUUCAAUACACUUUUAAACAGUUUACAUCCGUUAACAUACGACCGUUUGAAAAUACUCAAUAUUGCGCAUUACAAAUUCUUUGCUGCUUACCAUUCGACACUUCAACGCAAACAUUCACUCGUCGACAUGUCACCACUGACCAAAUGUUCGACGAAUUCGCCAUCAAUUGUGACAACAUCUGUAAAUAUUCUUCCAACUAAUCUUCGUCUUAUACUCAAAUUUACGAAUUUGACUUCAUUGAAUCUUAGCAACACAGACAUAAAAAACCAUUGUCUUGAUAUUUUACUCGAUUCAUUCGAUAAACUUGAUACACUUGAUAUAUCUUUAUGUUGUUUGUUAACAUCAUUCACUGCGCUUUUGAAACUGUCCACGAAAUUCAAAUGGUUAAAUUUGUACAACUGCUCCAUACAUUUGCAACAAAAUCCAACGAUUUAUCAGAUUUUAUCUCAAUUAGAAGCACUUGAAUAUCUCGAUAUCAGUCUUGAUAAUAACCGCUCUCAACUCGAAAAUGAAUAUGACAUCAACAGGCUUCUAUCGAAAGACAACUGUUUGAAUAGUCUAAAACAUCUAGAUCUUAGUGGACACGGAAAUAUGCAAUCAACAGCUUUAUAUGAUUUCUUGUUGCGACAUCCUAAUCUUCAAUUUCUCGGUUUAUUUUCCACUAAUGAAAAAUAUCCGAAAUAUCUCUUCGAUGUCAAUGAUCCGUGUCACUCGAAAUCUCGGCAAUAUACGUUGGAUUCACAAGAAAUGAUUUCGUUGAUAACAACCGAAGAUGAUUAUCUUCUCUACGAACCAUGUUUAAUCGAAUCAUUGAAACGUUACAAUGAACGUGCAAGUUUUGUACAAAAAAUUCUCUAUCAAAUCUUUUUCUUCACACGUACCUUUCAAUCGAAACAUCAAAAUCUUUUCAUCAAACUCAUUCUCCACACCAUGUCAAUGCAUAAUAAUCUACAGACGGUUCAAAUGGCAUCAACAGCAUGUAUUUAUAAUCUAACACGUACACCAUUGACAGAACAGAUCAAUGUAAAAACUCUCGGCGAAAUCGUUCAAGCUAUAACAAAUGUAAUGGAAUUGUUUCCAAAUCAACAACAAUUACAAAAAAAUUGUCUGUUAACCUUAUGUAGUGACCGAAUUCUACAUGAGCCAAAUUUCAAUUUUUACCUAUUGGCAUCAUUAGUGAUGAAUAAUUUGCAAAACUACGCAGAUCUAGCAAUUAUCCAACCUGGCGUAGCGGUGCUCGCAUUAUUAACAACUAGAUUAACUAUUGCUGAAUGUACACGACUGGGUUCUGACACGAAUUUACAACGUCUAAUUCAAUUGAUCGAACAACAAAUCGAUCGUUUACAAACGAUGCACGUCAAUCAACAACAGGAUGAUUUGUCUGUGCAAGAAUCAAAUAAUAAUCUUCAAUUAACUGGAGAUGAUACAUUGCGUUUCUGUUUAAGUCUUCUAUGGAAUCUAACCGAUGAGAAUCCAAUUGUAUGCGAACAUUUCAUACAUACAAUGGGUUUACAAUUAUUCCAACGUUUGAUUUAUCUCUUCUCGUCUGACACAAUUAUAUUAACUAAAAUCGUUGGAUUAUUGAGUAACAUUUCCGAAGUCCCUCAUUUAAGACUUUAUUUAUAUUCGAUUGAUAUUAUUUCGUUAAUGCAAAGAUUUCUGACAGAUGGUAUCAUUGAUAUUGCUUUCUCUGCAACUGGCAUACUGGCGCAUCUUCUUCUCGAACAAAUCAAUCAAGAAAUCAAUCGAGAUCUAUGUCAAGAUAUGAGAAAUGCUAUUCAAAAAUGGAAGAAUCCAGAUACAAAUAUGGUCACGUACAGAUCCUUUAAGCCAUUUAUUCCAUUACUUCAUUGUACACAAAUACCCGUGGUACAAUUAUGGGCUAUUUGGGCCAUUCAUCAUGUUUGCAGUACAGAUCGCGCACGCUACAGUCAAAUAAUUCGUGAAGAAAAACUUUACGAUCUAAUCCAACAGAUAUAUCACGAUAGUUUAUCGUCGGAUCAUUCUGAUACAUUUACCAUUAACUUACUCAAUUCAAUUCUUCAACUUCUCAAGCCAUAUCGUUCUAAUGAAUAUCGAUAG